CCUGAGUAUGUCUACAAUCCUCAGUUCGAUAUCAUCGUAUUGAGAAUGACGUUCAGUCCGGUCUUCUGGUUGUACACUUUCAUUCAAUGGAUACUCGCAAAAAUAUUCUCGCCCAAUCCACCCACUCCAGGUGCUCGUCUACGACGGCCCAAGAUCGCGGUUAUCGGAGCUGGACUGACAGGGGUCUCUGCUGCGGCUCACUGUGUUGGUCAUGGAUUCGAAGUGACGCUUUUUGAAGCCGGUGAUAAGGAUCAGCUAGGUGGCAUUUGGGCCAAAGUCAACACAACAUCAGGCCUGCAGAUCCAUAGUGUCAUGUAUCGAUUCCAUCCUUCUGUGGUAUGGAACAGUGGCUAUCCGAAACAAAAUCAGAUCGUCGGCCAAGUACGAGAGCUAUGGCACCGGUAUGACCUUGAUGAGAGGACGAAAUUCAAUACCAAAGUCGAAAAGAUCUACAAGGACAAGCAAGGCCGCUGGAUCAUCAAUGACCCUUCGAAUGGCCGCUUCGACGGGAUAAUUCCAGCUAUUGGGACCUGCGGCGCACCGAAGAUGCCUCACCUACCCGGCCAAGACAAGUUCAAGGGGCAGAUCUUGCAUUCAUCUGAGUUGGACAAGCAGGGUGCAAAAGGGAAGAAGAUCCUUAUAGUUGGCGGAGGCGCCAGUGCUGUUGAAGCACUGGAGUGGGCAGUCAACACUGGCGCUGCGGAGAUCAAGGUCCUUGCAAGGAGUGACAAAUGGAUCAUCCCUCGAAACGCAUUUGUGGAUAUCUUGCUGGCUUUCAACAUUUUUGGUCAAGAGACACUGCUUUCGUGGAUACCCGAGAACCUGCUGCGCUUUUUCUUCUACCGGGAUCUUCGAGACAUCGCUCCGGCUGAUCAAGGCCUGUUCACUGAGACACCGAUGGUGAACAGCGAGAUCUUCCACCAGAUCCGGGCUGGCAAAGCCUCCUGGCUACGGGGUGAUAUCGAAGAAGUUGAAGAGACUGGUAUCUUUUUCAAUCACCGGACACAAGGCGUACCGAAAGGCGGCCCCGGCCACCAGAAGUUGGUUGAAGGAGACAUGAUCAUUAUGGCAACUGGAUAUAAGCGCCCUAGUCUUAACUUCUUGCCAGAGCGAUGCUUCGAACCUGGUUAUGAGCCGCCUCGAUGGUUCAUCCAAUGUUUCCCUCCGGCCGAGCCAUCGAUCUGUGCGAUCAACUCGACAUAUGUCAACGCUAUUGGGACUGUUGGGAACUACCAUAUUGGUAUCUACACGCGCAUGUUACUCAUGUUUCUGGUCGAUCCUCUGACUACUCCUCAUACGUGGUGGAUGAAGCGGUGGGUAGACUUCACGAGCACCGUCAAGUCGCUGGCUCCAACAAGGGCAUUUGACUUCUUCACAUACUCGGAACUGCUCUAUUGGUUUUGCUUUGUCACGUUGAUCAACCCCUUCAGAUGGAAGUGGGCUUUCUUCGUGCUUUUUGGAAUAGGCCAAAAUCUGCCCGCCAGCAUCGUGGAGCAGGAGGACAGGUUGAGGAACGGCCUCGGGUACAGAAAAAGCAUCCUGGAUGAAUAGAGCAUUUGCAUAAAAUGGGAAUAGUUGCAGCAGCUCCCAUUGCCAUGAUAACUUGUA